UACUAAAAUAAUUAUAAUACACUAUUCGCCCAGUCACCCAUUGGCCAUCACGGUCUCUAAACGGUUCUAGCGCGGGGUUUGGAGAUUGGUCAGUGGCUACACUGGUGCAUUGAAGGGUGGUUGGCAGCAAUGGUGGUGAUUAUCAUGAAGGUGAAUUCAAGUCUUCGUGGUGGUUUGGCUUGGUGGCGGCGACGGGCACUCGCGAGUGAUAAGACGGACCUCGGCGGCUCGGCUCCGGGUGUCCUGGAUAUCACUAAUCACUAUCAACGGGUAUCAUUUGUGUUUUGACCGGCAUCGGUGAUGGCAGCUACCGCGUCCAGCGUAGUCGUUCUCGACAGAGGAAACAACACAACAUGCACCAUCAACUUGCACGGUGCUACCGUGGUCUCUUGGAGGGUUAACAAUCAGGAACAGUUGUUUGUCAGUAAACUGGCUGUUUUUGAUGGUCAGAAAUCGAUUCGAGGAGGCAUUCCAAUAGUUUUUCCUCAUUUUGGACCCUGGGCUUAUGGACCUCUUCAUGGUUUUGCCAUGACAUGCAGAUGGAAUGUUGAAAAACAACCUGAACCAUUAGACAAUGGUGACAUUGAAGCACUAUUUUCAUUAGUGGACAAUUCCGUUACAAAACAAAUGUGGAAUUAUAGUUUCAAAUUAGUGCUAAGAGUAAUAUUGAGAGAAAAAGAAUUACAAGUCAGUUUCAAUUUAUACAAUUCAUCUCUAGAACCAUUUCAAUUUAACAUGCUUUUCCAUACAUAUCUAAAAGUACCAGAUGUCCGAAAAUGUAAUAUAUCUGGCCUUCAAGGAUGCAUGUACGUAGACAAGACCAAGGAAAAUGGUGUAUACCAAGAACCGAGAGAAAUGGUGACUGUUAAUCAUUGGACUGAUAGAAUCUAUCAAAAUACACAACAGGAACAUGUGAUUUCAAAUGUUGUAUCCGGAAGAAAAAUGAAAAUGAUAAAAUACAAUAUGCCAGAUACAGUUGUAUGGAAUCCAUGGGAUGUAACAUCAAGUACAAUGAGUGACUUUGGUGAAGACGAAUACCCAAAUAUGAUAUGCGUUGAAGCUGGCAUAGUAAUCAAUCCAAUAACACUGAAUCCAAAUAACACAUAUGAAGGCACUAUAAUUUUACAGGUUAUGUGAGUAGAGUCGGGAGCUGCUGUUGGCGGGGCGAGGUCUAAAGUACGUGGUGUCAAUGCACGCCAACGUUGCUCGCCAUUAUCCGCAGACAUUAAUAGAAACUCCGGCAGCUCCUAUUUUCAAUCACAGGCAUCACCUGUUUCAACAAUGUUUAACAGACAACCAGCUAUAAAUCAUGGUUGGUUUACUUCCAUGAUGACUUCGACUGAUUUUUUCAGUCCUCAACGUUAUCCAUCCAAUAACCCAGUUCCACCUGUCCACCAUGAUUCAACGUGUGAUCAGCAUUCAUCAUGCACCAUAUGUUCUCUAAAUUUGUAAACAUUUUACAAAAAUGAUAUUAUAUUAGUUAUUAUUGUAUAUUACUUACAUUAAUUUACUUAGGUAAAAUUCAUAUUUUUAAUUAAUUAAUAAUCUAGACAUUUUAAAAAUGUGCAUAAAAUUCCAUUUUUUUGACAUUUCUUCAUUUAUAUUAUUAGUACAUUCACAAAAGUUACAAACUAAAAUGUUUCUAACAAAAAUCAAAAUAAUAAAUGAGGAGUUGAACAUUAAAGUAAUAACUUUAUUUCAGUAAUUUUAGUUUUUUUAAUUAUUGUAUAUUAUCAUUAUAUUAUGUCAAUAGUGUUGAUUUCACUCGUUAAAAAGUUAAACAUCAUGUUCUUUAUAAUGUAUAGUAUGAAAUAGAUCUGAUAUUGUUUUACAAUUUUGUGUUUUGUUAUUUUUUUUUUAAAAAAAAUGCAUUGUUUAAUUAUUGGAAUGAUGUAGAGUAGAAUAUUUAAUUAUAUAAAUUGAUUGCUCAACUCUAUAUACAAUUAGUAAACUAUUACUAACUAUUUUUUUUUUUUUUAUUGUAAUAUUAUAAUUAAGAUGAAUUUGCAUUAUUUCUCAUAAUAAUUGAUUCCGUGACAAUAUUCUGUAAAAUCAUUCCAAUUUAUUAAUUUUUAUUUUCAAUUUCAAUUAUUGUCAAUAUUUAUUUUUUAUUAUUUUUAUAAUAAUUUUACCACUAUUAGUAUUUCUGUGUUAUUUCAAAAGUUUACAUUUGUUAUAAUUAAUUUAGCAAAAAAUGUUUGGUUUAUGUAGUUAGACAAAAUUAAGUAAUAUCUAUAAUAAUUAUUAUAAUUAUAAUUUUUGUUUAUAGAAAACUAUUUAUAAUAGUUGAAAUAUUUGAAAUCAGCGCCUAAAGUAUUUUAAUCUUUUUUUUUUAUUGCUCUAAUAAAAUUAAUUACAUUUUUGAUAUUUUUUUACUAAAUUGUUUAUGUACUUAAUAGCAGUGUUUUUCCAAAUAUAAUUUUAGUCUCUGUUGUAAUUAUUGUGAUUGUAAUUUAUCGAUAUAGUGUCAAAAAUAUCAGUAUCAGUUCAAUAACUGUAAUUUGUAAUAAAUAUUAUAAAAUAAAAACUUCUGUAAAAAUUAUAUGUUUAUUAUAAUUGUUUGAUCUGAUCUAAAGACAUGUAUUUUUAAAUAAAAUAACAAUUAAUAUAAUUUUUUUUAUUCAUUUUAGUUUUAUUUUUUAAUAAUUAAGUCUUCCAAUGUAGGAAACCAUAGAAAAAUUACAUUAUUGCAAAAUUGUGACUAAUUUUAUUUAAAAGGUUAAGAAAAAAAAAUCUUAUAUUUAACUAUGGGCUUAAUGUGGUGUUUUAUCUUAAAGGUAGAAAACCAAUUUUAUGAAUUUAACAAUUAUUGUGUUGUGAUUGUACAGUAAGUUAUUAGUAAUUAUUUGUUAUUUAUAGUAAAAUUUAAGUAAAAUUAUGUUUUUUUAUAUGUGUAUGAAAUAAAGUUGUAGUGGAGUUAUAAAUAAUAGACUGUUGCGUCAAAAUAUUAUUUCUAAACGUUAAGGUUUCUAAAAACAAACAAUAAUUGUAGUGGUCAUUUAUGGUAUGUUAUUUUUGUAAUUUAUGGUAAAUUGUGAUGGACAAUAAAAACAAUCACUAAAAUGUGAA